AUGCGUCCACUCCCGGUGACCUACCAAUCCGACAGACACGCAGUCUAUUUGCCACAUCAUCCAGUCAUCAAGGCAUCAUCCAGUUCAACACCCGUCCGGGUAGUGUUUGACGCGUCGGCGAAAACCAGCACCGGAGUAGCCCUGAAUGAUGUGCUAAUGACGACCAAAACAUGCAGCGCAUCUUCUGGAGAGAAUCGCCUCAUCAUCAAAAUUCAGACAUACUUAUUGUCCACGGUCACGUACGGCACGGGGAGCGCAAGUUACCUCAGCACCAGGUGUAUCAAACAGCUUCUGGAGGAUGAGGGAGACACCUACCCAUUGGCCAAAGCAACAGCAUCUCGUGAUUUUUACGUGGAUGAUUUUCUCUCUGGUGCCCCGACAGUCUCUCAGGCACAAAAACUACAAUCACAAAUCGAAGCACUCAUGCUGAAAGGUGGCUUUCAGCUCUCCAAAUGGAUGUUAAAUUGUCCAGAGGCUCUCAGGGAUGUUCCAUAUAGUGAGAGGGAGAUAAAGGAACCAUUGGAUUUCACCUCUACGGAAACAAUUAGUGCUUUAGGCCUGCAAUUAAAUCCAGUGACCGAUGAAUUCUCAUUUGAUGUCCAAAUCAACUCACAGUCAAUCAGCAAGAGGAGCAUACUUUCUGAGAUGCCCAAAACAUACAAUCCCCUUGGGUUUUUGGCACCGGUCACAAUCCAAGCGAAGAUAUUGAUGCAGUCUCUGUGGCAAUUAGGAGCAGAUUGGGACGACAGUCUUGAGGAGAAUUCAGUUGCAGAGACUUGGCGAGAAUACCAGAGGAAUCUUACGAUGUUGACAGAUUUUCGCAUUCCACGACACAUAACCUCACAUUUACAGUCCCUGGACCAGGUGGGAGCAAUUCCUAUAGUUCUCAAUAGAAGACGAAUG